CACAGCUGAAUGCUAACCCUUCUCAUUUCUCCAACCCAGAUCCCACUCUGUCUACCUUAAACAAUCUGCUGGUUUUGCUUACCGAAAAAAACCCAGUUGCUGGUUUUUAUCUCUUCACUUUUCCUCCCUUAUACCUUUGGGUUUUUUUCCUAUCUAAGGUCUAGACCAUAUACAUCCCCCUUACAAAGAAACUUAGCAAAAAUCAUCUUCUUUUUGUCAUUAGUCUAUUUUCUAUUUCCUAUCAUCUCCCCUUUACCUUUGAUUAAAAUGUCCAUCCAUCUCUCCAAGGACUCAACAGCAACGCCUACUCCCCCCACUACAGCUACAACUACAAAAACAACAGUGUCUCCACAAACGCCAUCCAACAACACAAAUGAAGAUUCAGACCCUUCUAAGCUCUAUCCUUCGCCAGUUGCGGAAUAUGAGGAAGUUGUUCAAAAUGCAGAGAUGUUCAUGGAAACACUUAAGGAUCUUCACAGGUCGCUUGGAACUAAGUUUAUGGUACCUACCAUGGGUGGGAAGUCUCUAGAUCUACAUCGACUUUUUGUGGAGGUUACAUCGCGGGGUGGUCUUGAGAAGGUUAUAAGAGAUCGCAAAUGGAGAGAUGUCAUUACCAUUUUCAAUUUCCCGAGCACCAUUACUAAUGCAUCCUUUGUAUUGCGCAAGUACUACAUAUCAUUGCUUCACCAUUAUGAACAGCUGUAUUUCUUUCGUAAAAACAGCCCUUCAAUCCAGGCAUCUGAUUCUGUACCCAAAAGCCCUGUCAGUUGCACAGGAGCCACACCAUCUACUAGUGAGAAACAAACCACCACGGAUCAGUUAGCAGGAACUUCAGAAUUGAGUGCUGGAUGUCGGGUUACUGGGAUAAUUGAUGGAAAAUUUGACAAUGGAUAUUUAGUGACUGUGAGUUUUGGUCCCAAUAAGCUGAAAGGUGUCCUGUAUCAUGUUCCUCCUGAGUUACAGAUGUCUCUGAGUUCUAAUACUUCAACUGUACCUCCUCGUCGGCACCGAAAAAGAUCCAGGUUGGCAUUGAAGGAUCCCUCUCAUCCUAAACCAAACAGGAGUGGUUACAAUUUCUUUUUUGCUGAGCAUUAUGCCCGACUGAAGCCUCUGCACCAUGGGCAAGAAAAAGCCAUCAGCAAGAAGAUUGGACACCUGUGGAGCAAACUGACUGAGUCUGAAAAACAGGUUUAUCAGGAGAAAGGAUUGCAGGAUAAAGAGAGAUAUAGGAGCGAAAUGUUGGAGUACAGAAAAUUAUCAAAUGCUUGAAAACUUCAAUAUAUCUGAGGUCCUUUUCCUGAGGUUUCUGUCAUCUUCCCGCGCAGAUUGUACAAAUGGCAUGAACCUAUUGAUCAAGGUGUUGGAAUGAGAGGAAACAGGAGGCAACCUCCUGCAAUUUUUUUCUUUUUUUUUCCUGGAGGCUGGAAGGGAUUACACCACUGUCACACAACAUUCAGGGAAAAAUAUUUGCAGGAGAUUGUUAAAUGAAUGUUUUCAUUUAAAAGAACCACGUCUUUCUUAACCAUGAAAGUUUUCAUUGGUUAAAUAUUGAAAAGAUCUAUUUUUAAGUUGUUUUUCUACGGCAGGGGUAUGAAUGCAGUCAAUCUGUACGAAAAAUACAAUCUCCUUCAAAACCAAAAAACCCAUUUUUUAACA